AUGACCGUGCCAACUUCCGAGCAUGUCGAAACAACGACUGUCGAGCCCGACCCGCCGGUGCAGGAGCAGUUCACGAUCGCGGACGAGGACCCAGAAGCCGCGCACGAGCAGGAGCGCGCGCACGCAGCCGUUUACAAGCGCUUCAGUGACUCCCAGAAGCGAGUCAUACUUGGGCUUGUAUCAUUCGCUGGGCUUACGCAGAUGUUCGUGUCGGGCAGCUUCAUCACGAGCAUCCCAGCCGUCGCGCGCGAGUUCGACUCUACGCCCGCCGUAAUCAAUCUCGCGGUGAGCGCGUCGAUCAUAACGGGCGCCUUCGGCAUGCUCGUCUUCUCGACAUACAGCGCUUGGUAUGGCCGCCGACCGAUCUUCCUGACAAUGCUGCCCAUCCUGAUCCUGGGCUCGAUCGGAACUGCCGUUGCUCAUUCUGUACCGACAUUGGUGGCAUGGCGUAUCGUACAGGCGUUUGGAGCUUCGGGCGGCUUCUCCGUCGGCGCGGGAGUCAUCGCGGAUGUAUUCCCGCUCGAGCAACGCGGAAGGGCGACGGGCAUCUUCUUCUCUUUCGCCUUCCUAGGACCAGCUCUAGCACCCUUUGUCGGAGGUGCAGUCGCGCACUACGCCUCAUGGCGCAUCAUGCAGCUCUCAAUCGGCGCCGCCAGUCUCCUCGCUCUCAUACUCUUCGCCAUCUUCUUCCCCGAAACGAGUCAGCCGCACUCGCGCGGGAUCGACAAGCUGCGUGCCGAGGGCCAUAGCACUUCCGAAGAACGUUCUUCGCUGCUGGGAGAGCACACUGUAGACGAAGAUGGGCUGGAGAAGAAGGAGAAGUUCAAGUGGGUGUGGCUGAAUCCCUUCGGGUUCUUGGGGCUGUUGAGGAGUCCGAACGUGAUGGCUGUGGUCGUGUGCGCGACGGUGGUACUGAUGGCGGAGCAUCUGCUACUAAAUCCACUUGCCUACACUUUGGGCGCGCGAUAUGGGAUAGACAACGAAGGCCUCAUCGGCCUCUGCUUCCUCCCAGCCGGUAUAGGCAACAUCAUCGGAGCACCGCUCGCAGGCCGUAUCUCAGAUAUGAUCAUCAUCCGCGCUCGUGCGAAGCGUGGGACAUGGGUGCCUGAGGACCGCUUGCGCGCUAGCGUGCCGGCCAUAGCAGCACUCGUUCCUGCAUCCCUACUCGCCUUCGGGUUGACCAUCAAGUUCAUACCCGGUACACCCGGACUGAUCAUAUGUCUAAUGCUGCUUUUCGUCCAAGGAGUCGGCAGCGACUACGCCCUAACGCCAAUGUCCGCCUACCUCGUCGACAUUCUCCACUCCCAAAGCGCGCAGAUCACCGCCGCAUCCGCCUGUGUCAGACAACUGCUGGUCGGGAUCGCGACGUCGGUGUUCAUACCGCUUAUCGAGCGCAUCGGGGUGUGGUGGACGAAUGCGAUACUUGCGGGGUUAAUAUGGUGCUCUCUUGCGUUGUUCUUGGCGACGAUCCGGUACGGAGACCGGAUGAGGGCAUGGGUUGAUGUUGGGUAUUCAGACGCGUCGAACAACUAA